ACAAGACUGCUAUAUACUGAUGAAAAAAAAAAAAAAGGUAUUUGGCAGUUUAAAUUGACUAAAAUAAUUGCAUUUCCAUGUAGUGGGUGCUGGGGGAGAGAAGAUAUAGUGAAUGCAGGGUCCGGGGAGACCAGAUAUAGUGAAUGCAGGGUCCGGGGAGAGACCGGAUAUAGUGAAUGCAGGGUCCGGGGAGAGACCGGAUAUAGUGAAUGCAGGGUCCGGGGAGAGACCGGAUAUAGUGAAUGCAGGGUCCGGGGAGAGACCGGAUAUAGUGAAUGCAGGGUCCGGGGAGAGACCGGAUAUAGUGAAUGCAGGGGUCCGGGGAGAGACCGGAUAUAGUGAAUGCAGGGUCCAGGGAGAGACCGGAUAUAGUGAAUGCAGGGUCCGAAGAGACCGGAUAUAGUGAAUGCAGGGUCCGGGGAGACCGGAUAGUGAAUGCAGGGUCCGGGGAGACCGGAUAUAGAGAAUGCAGGGUCCGGGGAGAGCGGAUAUAGUGAAUGCAGGGUCCGGGGAGAGCGGAUAUAGUGAAUGCAGGGUCCGGGGAGAGCGGAUAUAGUGAAUGCAGGGUCCGGGGAGAGCGGAUAUAGUGAAUGCAGGGUCCGGGGAGAGCAGAUAUAGUGAAUGCAGG